AUGGCCACGGCUGAAAUAUCAAUCCGCGCGCCCCAGGUGCCCAUCGAUGAGAACUACAAAGAGCUCUUCGCAUCUGUCAACAAAUACGUUCACGCAUACAUGUCACAGCCAGGACACGACAACUCUCACGACUACCAGCAUAUCAUGCGCGUCACUUCAAAUGCCAACCGUAUUCUGACCGCUGAACUGGAGGCCAACCCUUCCACGUCAUACAACAACACAGCACUGUUCCUAGCCGCACUGCUCCACGACGUCGGAGACCGCAAGUACGCCAAGCCCGGAGAGGAUGUCGAGAACCAGAUCUCAGCAUUGUUGCGCGAGCGAGGCGCAAGCGAGGAUAUGGCUUUGAGGGUUCAGGCUGUUGUCAAACAUGUGAGCUACUCGCACGAAGUUCGUAAUCCAGAAGCCGUCGUCGCCACAUUGCAGAAGUACCCGGAGCUGGCCAUCGUGCAAGACGCGGACAGACUUGAUGCAAUAGGUGCAAUCGGUGUGGCCCGAUGCUUCUCGUAUGGUGCAGCCAAGUGUCCUGACGAGCCGAUGACACGGGCGAUCGAUCACUUCGAAGAGAAGCUGUACAAGGUGGCGGACCUGAUGAAGACUAAGAGUGGGAAGGAGAUGGCGCAGAGGCGGAAGCAGGUUCUGAAAGACUUUGCGAAGGAGUAUGCGGCAGAAGCGGAACUGUCGUUUGUGAUGCAAUGA